CUGGACGCUUCAUCGGCCCCGACUCGCAGGGGAGGCUCGUCGUUCUGCCGAGAGGCCGGAGAGAUGCCGGGCAUCGAGAAGCUGCCGAUCGAGGAGACUCUGGAGGACAGUCCGCAGGAAUGCCUUCUUAUAUUUUCAGAUGGACUUUAAACGGAGAGAAGAAAUUGCAGCAUCUCUGCCAGACAUUUGCUGAAUCUAUAGCCGUUGUUGAGACACGUUCACUACUGGGAGUGUUUGAAGAAGAUGCUGCUGCAGUCUCUAAUUAUACCACCCAACUUUACAAUGCCAUGAAGCGGAUUUACAAUGCACAGAAUGAAUUGAGCACAGCAACACACCUGACGUCCAAACUGCUCAAGGAAUACAAACAGCAGCAGUUUCCCCUUGGUGGUGAUGAUGAGAUUAUGACCUCCACCCUACAGCAAUUUGCACAAGUGAUUGAUGAACUCAGUUCCUGCCAUGCUGUUCUUUCAACACAAUUGGCAGAUGCUAUGAUGUUCCCCAUUACACAAUUUAAGGAAAAAGAUCUAAAAGAAAUGUUAACCCUGAAUGAAGUCUUUGCUAUAGCUAGUCAUGAUCAUGACCUGGCUAUUAACAAAUACAGCAGGUUAUCCAAGCGGAGGGAGAAUGAAAAGAUAAAAAUGGAAAUAACUGAAGACUUGUACACAUCUAGAAAAAAACAGCACCAAACCAUGAUGCACUACUUUAGUGCCCUGAACACUUUACAGUACAAGAAAAAGAUUGCACUUCUAGAACCUCUCCUUGGCUAUAUGCAAGCUCAGAUAAACUUUUUUAAGAUGGGCUCUGAGCAUAUGACCCAGCAGCUGGAAGAAUUUCUGACAAAUAUUGGCACUAGUGUGCAGGGUGUCCGAAGGGAGAUGGAGACAGAACAGGAAAUAAUGAAUCAGACUAUUCAGGACUUGGAAGCAGCCAGUGAUUGUUUGUAUGUUCCUGAGCCAGAUACAAAAAUAUUCAAUGUUAACAGAAACCUAACUAGAAAAUCUGGAUAUAUGAAUACAAGAAAUAAAACACGAUUGGUAUCUGCUACCUGGGAGAGACACUAUUACUUCACCCAAGGUGGGAACUUGAUGCGCCAGGCGCGAGGGGAUGUUGCAGGAGGUCUUGUCAUGGACUUAGACAACUGCACUGUUAUGGCUGUAGAUUCUGAUGACCGAAGAUACUGCUUUCAAAUUACUGCCUUUGAUGGGAAAAAAUCUGUUGUUGUACAAGCGGAGAGUAAAAAAGAGUGUGAAGAGUGGAUUGCAACAAUCAAUAACAUUUCCAAACGAAUCUACCUUAGUGAGAACCCGGAAGAAUUGGCUGCUCGCGUGAACCAGACUGCUCUGGAAGCUGUUACUCCAUCUACUUCAUUUCAACAGCGUCACGACAGCUUAAGGUCUACAGUCCACAAUAGACCACAUCCAUCACGGACAAAUAGUUCCACAUCUCUUGGAUCGGAAUCUCCUGCCCUUUCUACAAUUUCAUUGGAUUCAAUAGUUGCCCCAGAUACACCCAUUCAAUUUGAUAUAAUUUCUCCUGUAAGUGAGGAGUUGUCGAACCUAGCAAAGACUUCAGGACAAUGUACCAGAAGAACAAAUCCAUUUGGAGAGUCCGGGGAAUCAAAAACACAGGACUCUGAAGAAUCAAUUCUUCAUCAGUUGUUCAUUGUGCGAUUCCUUGGUUCAAUGGAAGUAAAAACAGAUGAAACCUCAGAUGUUAUUUAUGAAACAAUGCGUCAGAUCCUUGCAGCACGUGCUAUACACAACAUUUUUCGGAUGACUGAAUCUCAUUUGCUAGUGACGUGUGACAGUUUGAAGUUAAUUGACCCUCAGACUCAAGUCACACGCUUAAGAUUCCCUUUGCAAAAUGUGGUUCUUUGUGCGACUCACAAAGAGAAUAAACGACUGUUUGGGUUUGUGCUGCAUACGGGAGGAAACAGUACCGGACGCCCAGUCUCUGUUUGCUACGUCUUUGAAUCAAACAAUGAAGGAGAAAAGAUGUGUGAUUCCGUUGGAUUGGCAAAACAAAUUGCCCUCCAUUCAAAAAUGGAUCGGCGAACCACAGAUAAACAGAAGGAACUUGACCGAGAGAAGCAAAGACAAUUGAAGGAACUUAACAAGCAAAAGCAAAUUGAGAAGGAUUUAGAAGAACAAAGCCGUCUAAUAGCUGCUUCUAGUCGGUCAAACCAGACUUGUGGCGAAGGCCAGUUUCUGACAUUGGGCAGCAACAACCAAUCAGAAGACAGUGACAAGGGGGAUGAUGGGAAGAAGAACAAAGAGUCAGAAGCCUGAAGUGGUGAGAUUGAAGAUGGUAUCAUCAGUUUGCAUGGCCCACAUUGAAUAAAAUCACAGUAAUAGUGAGAUUAGUGAUCACUAUAGAACUUAAUUUGUAGAAUGUGAUUCUCGCAAACUGAACUGCAGUUAAACACUAAGACACAUGUCACAUAUUAUCUGUUUUAAAUAAAACAAUGUUAAGUUUUAUUCUGAACAGCAAAUGGUUGCUUGUUAACUGGUCUCCAUAUCUUUGCCUUUAAUUUGAAGCCUAUAAUUUUUUUAAAGUAAAGGACAUUGUUAUAUUUUAUACAUUAUGGUGUUGUGUAAAAUAUGUGCUUGCAGCAAUGUUACAUUAUUAGCUUGUUUAUCAUUUUUAAUUCGUGGAGAUCUGCUAUGCAUAGAAUCAGUAAAAGAAAACAGCUACUGCUUUGUAUAAAUAAAUAAAACUUCUGCACAAAUACUUUAUAAUUUAGCAAUAAGCUCUGAUCUGCAUUUUAAAAUUGCACACUUGUCUUCUGUGCAGUUCAUGAACUCCAAACAAUGCAAUGAAUUGCUUUCUGUGGAACACAGUUUAUAAACCUCAAUCUGACACACUACUGGAAAUUGGAGGUAGUAAACAGGCUAGUAACAUAAAUUGCUGCUUCUGAAAUAAUAGAACAGCAUUUAUAAAAUAUUAUAAGCCGAUCUAUUAUGUAAUAUUUUGAUUUCAAUUUUCCGAAGUCAAAGUUGAACGCAAUUUGAACUGAUUACCUUUUGUUCACCGAGAAUUAAGAUUAACCUUUGUGCCAGAUUCAGUAUUUUGUGUUAAGUAUAAUUUACAUUAUGAACUUAAUGUUAAAGAUCAAGUUAUUAGUAGUACCAAAAAUGGUUAAACCUUUUAGGAACAUUGAAAUGCUUUGUUUCUCUAAAUGUCACAUACUUCGUAGAGAAUAUGUUUUGCAGCUGUGAAAUGAGUGAGGGGCAAGAAAGUUCUAAAUAAUUUGGUUGAACUUAACUGUAGUUGUGCCUCAGACUUCUCACACUGCUGUUCCAUAUGUAGUGUUUAACUGAAGCAGUGACGGAUAAUUGAUUUUCUUUUGCAUGUGUGUGUUGUGGUAUAAUGAACUUUUGGCUGACUCUUUUUUUGCGUUUUGUAAAAUUGCUAUCAAUAAGGUGGGUUGAUUUUAUUUGAUGUUACUAUAACACUUGCCUGUAACCAAAUGCAUGUCCCUUAUAUUAAGGUCCAAAUGGCUCAUUUUGUAUGUACUAUGGAACUACUUUCAGAUUUUAAAUGUAAAAGAAUUAUGUCUUUUUGUCUAUUGACUGCAAUACAGUAACUAUAAAAUUAUUGUUUUUUUACAUUCA